AUGAAUCAAGAUAUUACCAAUAACAACGAUAAUAACAAUAACAUAAAUAGGUAUAAUUCAAUCCCUUCUAUAUCACAUACAUUAUCAAACACUUCUAUUUCUGCUUCUACUUCUGCUUCUAAUACCACUGCUACUACCACUACAGCCACUACGGCCACCGCGGGUCGUAAAAGAAAAUCUAGUAAUGGGUUUUCUUUAGCUAAUUUUGAUAACCCUUUACCCGCUGAUCAACAGUAUCCACACUCUACCUCUACCUCUUCCUCCUCUUCCACAGCUUCUUCUUCUUAUCCUCAACCUUCUAUCCAUAUUCAAAAUAAUGAAGAUCAUAACAAUCUACAAGCACAAGCACAAGCACAGACAGAUUCUAAUUCAUAUAGAUCGUUAAACGUAAAAGAUGCAUUAUCAUAUCUGGAACAAGUUAAAUUACAAUUCAAUUCUAAACCCUAUAUCUAUAACCAAUUUUUAGACAUCAUGAAAGACUUCAAAUCACAGAAUAUCGAUACUCCUGGCGUCAUAGAAAGAGUGUCUAAUCUAUUCAAAGGAUAUCCCAUCUUAAUUCAAGGGUUUAACACUUUUUUACCUCAGGGGUAUAGAAUUGAUUGUACUAAUAACCCAGAUGAUCCUAUUAAGGUUACUACUCCCUUAGAUUCUGCGUCUACCACCAACACCACCACCACCACCACAGCUAUCACUAACACUAACACCUCGACUUUUACUUCCACUUUACAACCUCCACCUAUCGCUCAAUAUUCUUCUAAUCAACAUGUUGUUCAAUCCAACCAAUUACCAUUACCUACACCGGUGAUUCCAACUUCCUCCACUGUUCCUUCCACUAUUCCUUCCACUGUCCUCCCUACUUCAUCAACAUCAACCGUUAAAAAGCCAAAUAAUGUCGAGUUUAGUCAAGCCAUAAACUAUGUCAACAAAAUUAAAAAUAGAUUUGCUAAUCAACCGGAAGUAUAUAAAAACUUCUUAGAGAUCCUACAAACUUAUCAAAGAGAACAAAAACCAAUUGAUGAAGUCUAUUCGCAAGUCACUCUCUUAUUCCGAAAUGCUCCUGACCUAUUAGAAGAUUUUAAAAAAUUCUUACCUGACUCAACUGUUUCAGAUCAACCAUCUCAACCCCAAGUAUCCCAACAACAACAACAGCAGCAACAGAAUGCUGGUAUUUAUCCAAAUGGUAACUAUUUGUAUGGUGGUGCCUCCACAUAUUAUCCCUCUGGAUCUUCACAAAAUGGUACUCCUGGUCCUUCAAAUUUUAAUAUCCCAAGAAAUCAACACCAACAGCAACAACAAAAUUUACCACCAAUUGGAAGUUUUUCACCACCUUCAAAUAGUACUAAUGGUUCCUUACAAGAUGAGUAUAAAACUACUGAAUCCCAACAACAACAGCAGCAACAACCUGGUCAAGUAGUUGGCUUGCCCCCAAUUGUAGCUAAUGACCAAUCUUUAGAUCACACAUCUGCUUCUUUACACAAUCAGUACAUUAAUACCACUCAAACGACUAAUGAUAACUUACCGAUCUCCAGUUUAAGAGAUGAAAGUGGCCCAAUGGAUAAUCAAGUUAGGUAUGCAACUCAACAACAACAACAGUUACAACAGCAACUACAAAUGCAACAACAGAUUAUUAUGGAAGAUCAAUUACCUGUAAGGCCGGAGAUCGACUUAGAUCCGAGUAUCGUUCCUGUAGUACCUGAACCCACCGAACCCAUAGAAGCUAACCUGACUUUAAUGGAAGAAACAACCUUCUUUGAAAAGGCUAAAAAAUUCAUUGGCAAUAAACAAAUCUACACUGAGUUUUUGAAAGUUUUAAAUUUGUUUUCACAAGACAUAAUAAAUAUUAAUGAACUAGUAGAUAAAGUCGAAAACUUCCUAGGUGGUCAACCAGAUCUAUUUAAUUGGUUCAAAAACUUUGUUGGCUAUCAAGAUAAACCAAAAAUUAUUGAAAAUAUCGUUCAUGAGAAACAUAAGUUGGAUUUAGACCUAUGUGAAGCAUAUGGUCCAAGUUAUAAAAAGUUACCUAAGACUGACACAUAUAUGCCAUGUUCAGGUAGGGAUGAUAUGUGCUGGCAAGUGCUAAACGAUGAAUGGGUAGGCCAUCCAGUAUGGGCCUCUGAGGAUUCUGGGUUCAUCGCUCAUAGAAAGAACCAAUAUGAAGAGACUUUGUUUAAGAUCGAAGAAGAAAGACAUGAAUAUGAUUACUACAUUGAAUCCAAUUUAAGAACUAUCCAAACGUUAGAGACCAUUGCCAAUAGAAUCGCAAACAUGACCCCUGAGGAGAAGAAAAACUUUAAAUUACCACCUGGUCUUGGCCACACCUCAUUAACUAUUUACAAAAAAGUUAUACGUAAAGUUUAUGAUAAAGAAAGAGGCUUCGAAAUUAUUGAUGCGUUACAUGAACAUCCAGCCAUCACUGUUCCAGUGGUCUUGAAAAGAUUAAAACAAAAGGAUGAAGAAUGGAGAAGAGCACAACGUGAAUGGAAUAAAGUUUGGAGAGAAUUGGAGCAAAAAGUUUAUUUCAAAUCCUUAGAUCAUCUAGGUUUAACUUUUAAACAAGCCGAUAAAAAAUUGUUGACCACCAAACAAUUGGUAUCUGAAAUUAGCAGUAUCAAAGUGGAUCAAAACAAUAAAAGAAUGCAUUGGUUAACUCCUAAACCAAAGAGUCAACUGGAUUAUCAAUUUAAUGAUUUUAAUAUUUUUUAUGACAUUAUUAGAUUGGCUGAUAUUUUUAUUGAUCAUAGUUCAACCUAUUCAAACCCAGAUAAACUUAGAUUAAAAGAUUUAUUAAGAACUGUUAUAUCGUUGUUUUUUUUCAUUCCAAUGAAAACUAUAAACGAUGCAGUUAAGGAAAGAUCUAAAGUUGAUGAUCAAGAUGACGGUAAAAGUUACAAAGAUGUUGAACAAUCUAAUGAAACUAACGAUUCUAAGAUGAAGAGAACUAGAGAUGAUGUUGAAUUCAGUUUAUCAGAUAUUUUCCAUAAAGCUAAAUAUCAAAAAUUGAAAAAUUCAUACAAAGAAAAUGAUACAGAAAGCCCGACUGAAGGUGACGCUGAAAAGUUAGCUGAAGAAGCUGACCUUUUAAAUGAACAAGAAGCAAGAAGACCUUGGUUGUUAGGUAAUAUGAUCUAUACUGCUGAUUCUUGCGGUGCCAUUUCCAAUAGGAGAAUCUUCAAUAUGUUUGCAAAUACAAAUAUUUAUAUCUUUCUUCGUCAUUGGACAGCAAUCUAUACACGUCUUUAUGAAAUUAAAGAAAUGAAUGAAAAAGUCACAAAAGAGAUUAACAGUAGAAAACUAGUGCAAUUUGCUGUUGAUUUAAAUUUACUUUCUACUCAGUUAAGAGAUAUGGGACUCGACUUUAUGGGUAAAGAUAGUUACCAAGAAGUGUUAUCAAUGAGUAAGAGAUUAAUUGAAAAUAAAUUAGAACAUCAAUGGUUUGAAGAAAGUCUACGUCAAGCAUUCAAUAAUAAAGCUUUCAAGAUGUACACUGUUGAUAAAGUCACUCAAUCAUUAGUAAAACAUUUACAUUCAUUAAUGGCUGAUAGUAAAACUUCCGAAAUCAUGUUAUUAUUUGAAAAAGAUCGUCAUUCAUUAUCUACCAGCACAAAGGAUCAAAUUUUGUAUCGUCUACAAACACGUUCUCACAUGUCUAAUGUAGAAAAUAUGUUUCGUAUUGAAUAUAACAAGGAUACACAUCAUGUAUGUAUUCAGUAUAUUGCAUUGGAUGAUUUAACACUCAAUACCAAGCAAUCGAGUGAUACGGAUAAGUGGAAGUACUAUAUUACAUCUUAUUCACUACCUCAUCCAACAGAAGGUAUCAAUCAAGAUAAAUUAUAUGCACCUUUCCUAGAAAGAAUACUUGACUUCGAAAAUGAAGCUUUAGAUGUUGAUGAUCCAGCAAAUAGUAAAUACUCUCCAGAAGGUGUAUCACAUUCGAUAUUGAAAAUCAAAAUUGAUAAAGCUACAUAUGCUAUGGAAAUUGAAUCAGGUUCUUAUGAUAUAUUUUCCAGAAAAAGCAUCAACAGAUAUCCAAUUAAAAUUAAUGAGAAAACAUUUAAAAAGUCUUUAAAGAAAAAGAUAGAUACUAUAGAUAAAUUUCUAGGUAGUCAAUUUGGUUGGAAACGGGGCUUGGGAAACAUAUCCAAUAAUACUUCUGUUUCUACUGCAGUAAUUGCUGAGAAGUCUGAUUCUAGCAGUGUUUCUGCUUCAUCUUCAACUGAAAAAGAAAAUAUUGCUAUUACCUCUCAAAAUUCAUGUUCUAUACCCGUAGGAAAUGAUUCUAAUAAUUAA